CUAGGUCCAGGCCCUCGAUCACGACGGUGCCGCUAGUGCUGAUGCAGAAGAGGCGUCGACCGUUCUGCCCGUCAAGGAUCGCGCCCCUUGGGUUCAGCGCACGAACUGUGAUGUCUUUGCUGAUGGAUAGAAAAUUUGGGCUCUGUCCGCUGGUAUACGUCCCGUCCGCGAGUACGAUCUCGCUGCCAUCGGGCGCCGAAUCAAGCACAGUCUGCAGAUUGUCACCUGGCGCCGCAAAAUAUUCAAUCGUGGGCGACGGCGACGGCUCGCUUGGCGUCGGAAACGCGCUUGGCGUCGCCGUCGGCUCGGGCGUCGGCGGCGUCGUCGGCGUCGACGUCGGAACGCUCGUUGGGGUUUCGGUUUUGGGCUCGAGCGACGGCUGCGCGGUGGGCACUUUCGUCGGCGCUGACGUCGGCGACGUCGGCACGUGCGUCGGCGUCGACGUCGGCCGAUUUGUCGCCGUCGUCGGCUCGCGAGACGGCAUCGACGUCGGCGUCGACGUCGGGACUUUCGUCGGCGCUGACGUCGGCGACGUCGGCACGUGCGUCGGCGUCGACGUCGGCCGA